AUGGAACCACCAACCACGGUGUCGCCAUUCAGUCGCGAACGCACUCCAGCCUAUAGCCAUUCCUCUCGCGAGACCAUGUCCUCUUUGUCACCUCGCACCCCUCCCGCUGUUAGUGCCUUUGGUGGCCACGAACCCAGCAGUGGCCGAGGUGGUGGACCGCCUCCGUACUGGCAACAUCUCGGUGAGCCCACCAUGUUUUGCACUCCUAUCCGCGAGAUGAGCAGCAGCCGCACCGGAUCGGGCCAUCGUUCCACGGUGCCUCUGCCCUCCGUUCGAGACCUCUUCAGCCCCGAUGCGUCCGAGAACGAGAGAAACGUCCUCCCUCCGAUUUAUAUGAGCCCUAGCGUCUACUGUCAUAUGAGAGAUGCUGACCCUGCGUCUGCCGUGGAAUCCGAUGUAGGCCCUCGUUUUGAUUCUCGGUCUGAGUCCCCGUCCCCUGAUUCAGGCAGAAGCCGUGGUCGUGAGGCUACGACCCGUCCUGAGUCUGCGCGUGAGAAAUCCCCAGAAGAGUUCGUGGUCCCUGCAACUCCAGGCCCAUCGCGUGCAGCUCGCGCGUCUCAGAAUACUCUGGACCCAUUGAAGCCGCAGGUACAGGUUCCUGGCCCGUCGGCUGAGGUGACCAAAUUCAUCGACGUCGAUGCGCACACAGCAAAGUGCGAUGUCUGCAACAAACGUAAUGUCCAGGGGAUGACUCGGUGCGUCGAAUGUGGAUGGCAGACGUGCAAUGCGUGCACCGUCAAGAACAACAACUUCCGCAGCCAUGGUGCCGGCGCCGUGCUGCAUGUCGGUCCUGUCGACAAGAAGGAACUGCCAACUGCCGCGAGCGUCAGGAAGGGAAAGCAAGCGGCGAAAAGAAAGCGUGAGGACCCGGACUAUGUCCCCGAAUCGGAAAAAGCAAGCAAGAAGAAACGCGCGACUAAGUCUCAGGUUCGAAUGACCGGCAAUACCUCCAACCCCUCCUCCUCCAUAUCUUCCCCCGAUGGAAGUCCUAACGAAUCGGCUUUUGCAGAUCUAGGUGAAGAUGAAUCCAUCAGGAACGCAGCGCAGGCUUUAUAUGCGAUGAGUAUGGAGGCGUCUGAGAUGGAGACAUGGGAUUUGACAAGAAAGUUCCGCAAGCGCUGGCAGUACCCAUUGUGGGUCGAAGACAACGACGAUGGGGAUGAUGAAACGGAGCUGAUGAGCAUGGAUGAGGAGAAUUUGAACGACGCUGGGCCAGGCAGCCCCAGCCCCCUGGCUAGAUGCAUACCAACACUGCGUCGUGAAGUUCUUGAGAUCGCGCGGGGGGAGGGCGAAUGUUACCGUCGCAGUCAGAUAAUGGGACAAGCAAAGGCGUCUGCUAUGGAUUUGGAGGAGGAAAAAGGCAAGGUUGAAAGUGCAAAGGGCUUGGAGAGGGUCAAGAGCAGAGCUCAGACUUACGCGCGCAAACGAUCCGGUCGUUGA